GAAAAGAAGUGCGAAAAAACAGUAUACGAAUAAUCAAACCCAAGUUCGCAAACACUCGCCGGACCCAAAACCUAGAACAGCGAUGGGCUCCUCCUCCACCGCCACCGUCGCCGCCGCGAAGGAACGAGGGAAGCAUCAGCCAGGUCUGAGGUCCAAGCAUGGUAUUAAAAAAACCAAAACAAAAGAAAGGAAUAAGCAAUCCAGCAAGAGUAAGAGCAAAAGCAACGCGGAAAAGAACAGAGGUGAUAAAUCAGUGGCCGCCGCCGCAGAGGAGAAACAGGAAAUCAAAGCCAUCGAAUGGGCAACGGCUUCCCAGCAGCUGAGCUUUUUCAUCAACCAUUAUCAGUCUGCCAAUGGCGUUGCACUAUCAUCCCUCGAAUUGGAUUGCCUUAAAGAAAAAUGUAUUGCCGAGCUCCCAGCUCCGACACAAACCACUAAAGGGAACUUGGCCGAUCAAGUAAAAGUUGUUUUUGGAUCAUCUUGGAAGGAAGUGCUGUUUGAAAAACAUCUUCGGGGUGGGGAAGUUGAUCCUGGUAAUCCUGCACUUCUUGUGAUAAGUGCAUCGGCAUUAAGAUCGUUAGAGAUUCUCAGGGAGUUACGGUCUUUGUCAACAGAAUGCCAUGCUGCAAAGCUGUUUUCUAAGCAUAUGAAGGUUGAGGAGCAGGUAGCUGUUCUAAAGAACCGUGUAAAUAUCGCAAGCGGAACACCCAGCAGGAUUAAGAAAUUAAUUGAUAUUGAAGCCCUUGGUCUUUCUCGAUUAGCAGUUGUUAUGCUUGACAUGCACACGGAUGUCAAGGGAUAUUCUUUGCUCACUCUUCCUCAAGUGAGGGAUGAGUUUUGGGAUUUGUACAGAAGUUAUUUUCACCAACGAUUGAUCGAAGGCAAGCUACAGCUAUGUCUAUAUGGUCCAUUACCCACUACUUUGCCGAAAAAGAAGAGAAAGCAUGACAACUAGUAAGUCAAAAAAUAUAUUGCAAUUUGAUGGUUUUUGGUUACAGUACUUAAAUUUUGUGGGAAGUAGGUUGAGAUAUAGCGUAAUUAGUUCCGAAUAUUUAUGAGAUUUAAUAGAGCAAAUCAGACUCAGAGCCAAAAAACACAAUAGAAAUUGAUAAGUAUGAUGUGGGAUUAGGGAAAUUCUUGAAACUUUGGCUCUUGAGCUUAGAGUAUGUUGUUUUGUUUAUUGUAGUCUCUAUCAGUUUUUUUGGUUCAAUGAAAUUUAUGAGG